ACUCGCGUACUCGUAUUCGCUCGAUGUGCCCUCCGGACCCGUCCGAAGUCCCGGCGAACUUUCGCGUCGCUCGCGCGAAAAAGGGCCGCGCGUCGCGCGCGGAACGACAGGCAACGCGAGCGCGUGAUUAAGGAUAGUUCAAGAGGAUAUUAUUAAUGUGCGUGAGCGGGCCGACGACGACGUUUUUAUCGAUUGUAUUACUUAUGCAUGUGCGCUCGAGAAGGAGCACCGCUCGUCGCUUGUACACAUUGUUGCGGCGCGUUAAGAUUGGCCCGUCGUGCGUCACUUUGACGUUUGCCAUUUACCCCCGUCGUCGUUGCGUGUCAUAAUGCGGCUCUAAUUAAAGCCCGAUGUUGUUCUGUCACGUGAGGGGGCUUAGACUGCCACUUUCUCUUAUCGAAUCGUACGAAAGCCCAUGAAUGCCCGUGAAUGCGGAAAGCAAACACGAGGCACGUCAUUCCUCUGUUCUGCUCUGUUCUCUUCCUGCGAAAUGUUUGUUUAUCUUCACGCCACUGAUGACCGAUGUAUCAAGACUCUGUGACGAGGAAGGUUCUGGCAGUGCUGCUCUUAUCUGUCAUUCCAUGGCCGGGUCCCAGCGUCUUUAAGAUAUCAUGCCCGCGCGACCGAGCGUCUGUAGUGAGGAGGAUAGUUCACAAGAGAUGGAUUCCAAUACUGAAGAAGUAUCAGGUAGAGUUGCCGUUGGAAUGCCCAUUUCACGAAAGCCGAGACAUUUUCCGACCGCAGCAGAAAGCGAAGCACCAACACAGGCCGUCACAAUGGACCUGCGGCCUCUGCGGCAAGUCCUUUUACGCGGAGAGACAUCUGGACGUCCAUUUCGAUAACAGACACAAAAGUAACGUGAACACGGCGGAGGACGCAGUUUGCCUGGCAGACUACUGCGACAUCAUGCGCUGCGACGUGCUGGGCAAUCGUGACUUCGACAACUCGGUGGACGACGACGACGGCCACCUGAGCACCGACAUCCAGGUCUGGCGCGAGAGCACCGAGCAGCAGCGGCAGCAACAGCGGCAGCAGCAGCAGCAGCAGCAGCAACAUCAGCAUCAGCAUCAGCAGCAGCAUCAGCAGCAGCAUCAGCAGCAGCAGCAGCAUCAGCAGCAGCAGCAUCAGCAGCAGCAUCACCGCAGCACCUCCGUCGUGCCGUGCGAGCCGCGCGGCCUCGCCAGGAUGUACCCCGCGGACAAGUCCUGCGCCAUCGCUGGCGGUGGCGCGGUGACGAAUCUGCAGCAGCGUUAUUGCCGGCGCGACGACCACGACGGCGGCGAGAUGCACAAUCAUAGACUGGCGAGGUCGUCGUAUCAGAACGAGAUCGCCGGGCCGGACAACAAGAGCAGCGCCUGCGACGGCGACGAGGACGAGGACGAGGACGACGAGGAUGCCGAGGACGAGGAGGAGAACCUGGUGGAGGCGGCGUUGCCCGCCGUCGACAAGAAGCAGAGGCGCAGGGGCCUGCACCUGAGGAAGCUCAAGUCCAACUGCAAGCCGGAGGAGCUGCAGAAGCUGAAGACCCAAUGCGAAAUACUCGUGCGCGAUUGCAUCGCUGGGCUGCUCGCCAAUCUCUCCGUGCGGGACUUUCAAGAGAUCGAAGGGGAGCUGAAUCGCGCGAUCUGCUGGUACCUCAGCUGCGACCGAUACUGGGAGGACACGAAGAGGCACCAGCGGCACACACCGUGGCAGCUGCUGACCGUGUUCAUGCUGGUGUUGUUCUUGUCGAUCUACGUGUGUUACUACGUCAUAUGGGUCUGCUUCAAAACUGCGGACGAAGAUCGACUGGACGGUACUGGCAGUGUGGAUUACAACGGUAGCACGGAUCGCUCGAGUACCUCACCGUUACACGACCCGAGCAUUCACGGCGAGGGCAGGCUGGAGAGACGAAAGGGCGAGCACGGGGACGAAAAUCUGCCCUUGUCGAGCGAGGACAUGCCCGACCACUACAUAUACGUGUCCUAUCCGCCCGAGCUGAAGCGGCGACUUCUAGAGAGUGAUCCUCCUGCUUACAGCUGUUACAACAGGACCACUCGCCUGUGAAGCCGGGGCGAGGCGAGUUUACGGCGAGGAAAUGAGGAACGCAUGGGAAAUAUGCGGCGGCAGAUUGUCCCGUAUCCUGCACAAAGAAAACGAAAAUGCACACUCGAGGCUGAAAUUCUUCACUCUCUCAUUCCUCUCGCUACCCUCGUGUUUUGUAUACAGAAAGCGAAUAAAUUGCAUCGUGGACACGA